UCUAUUUAGUUUUCGUAAUACAAUGUAGAGGUACUUUUAACAUUUGUUGAUAUUAUUACUAUUCAAAACGAAGUAGUGUUUGUGAACGUUAAAAAAUGGUUUGUUCCUUUUAAAUAACUUAAUAAAUUAUUCAUUCAGUGAUAUAAAAAAAGUACCUUAGGCUCUGUUUUAAAAAUUAUCAAUUCAUAAUGCAAGUGAAAAACGCUGAUUUUAAAAACAAUUAUCCACAAAAAGAAUUACUUUUAAAAUUUUUAGUUAUUGGUGAAUUUGGUGUUGGUAAAACUGCUAUAGUGAGAAGAUACACAGAGGGAAAAUUCUCAUCAAAUUAUAAAAUUACAAUUGGAGCUGAUUUUGCAAUAAAAAGUAUAUUAUGGGAUUCAGACACACGAAUUAAUUUACAAUUGUGGGAUAUUGCUGGCCAUGAAAGAUUUGGAUAUAUGACUCGUGUGUAUUAUAAAUACGCGGUUGGCGCUUGUGUUGUGUUUGAUCUAUCUAGAGUUGCAACUUUGUAUGCCGUCGAUAAGUGGGUUUCAGAUUUAAGAGAAAAAAUAUGUUUACCAAAUGAUCAACCAGUGCCUAUUAUAUUGUUAGCUAAUAAAUCAGAUAUACAAGGAUGUUCAAUUCCCUCUGAUGCAAUAGCAAAAAUUUGUAAAGAUAAUGGAAUUGCAGCGUGGUACAUAACAUCAGCAAAAGAUAACUCCAAUAUUGAACAAGCGUUUAAUCAUUUGAUGGAAAUUGCAAUGGAAAAUGAACAAACAAGUUACGAAAAUAAGCCAGAUAAAAAUGGAAUUAUUUUAAAAGAUAAUAAUAAAGGAGUUGUAAGCAAUAAUCUAAAACCUAACUGUUGUAAUUAACAUUUACAAUGGGUCCUUGUUCACAUGUUGUAAAAAAAAUCAUUUUUUGAAAAUCUAAACGAAAUUGGUAUCAACCUAAAAAACACGAUAAUCAACUUAGAAAAUAUAAAUUCCAUACUCUUAUGUUGUACUGGAAUGCUUCAUUCAAGAAUAAAGAUUAUAAAUUUUCUAACGUCCAUCAAGAAUAAUGCCCUACAUUGUGGACAACAAAGUAAUACGUAUUUAUGUCGAAGAGAACAGGAGUAAGGAGUGAUAUAUUAUAGACUGGACCGUACUUUUUUUUAUUUAACGGGUAAGAGUAUAAUCAGCUCAAAAAUAUAUAAAAGCAAGAUUUCUAUUAACGUGAAUUCGGUUGCUGUAAUUUUAUAAUGUUUCGAAUUUUUUUAUUGCACCAUUUCAGAAAUGUAUG